GGGUUUGAUUGUAUUCAUCUUGAUCCCACCUCAUGACGGUUGUAAAGUAAACCAAACUUGACGCAGUCUGAUCAACUUCUGCUACAUCUAAAUACCUCAAAUGAGAAUUCUUCAGCAAAAACAAGGCCACUUUCUUUGCACACUGGAAACAAUCAACAGUUUGGAAUAUUGAUAUAAAACCAGAAAAUUAGUGAAGGAACAUAAGACAUCCAUGUUUUGUGGAGCCUACUUUGUAUCAAGACUUUUGUUUCUCUCAUAACCAUCGUCUUAAUGGUUGCUGAAAAAAUAUCCAAAUCCUGAAAUGUACGAACUUAAAACAGGUGAAGAGAUAGAAGAAGUUCCCUUGGAUGUAAUGUUCGCAGCCUAUUGCAGAAUGGAUCCACUCUCAAACUCAUUGGGUUUGAAGUUGCUGCCACUGUCACAAAGUGAUAAAUGGUUAGCUUCAGCUAAAAUACUUGAUAUGCGUAAAGUAACAACAACAGAUACUGGGCUUUGUUUCUUUAAAUUCCGCCGGCGUGCAAUUACUUUUGAAGAAUACCUCACAUAUUUGGAGGAUCUGGCCCAAACAAAGGGUUUAAACAUCGAUGAUAUGAAGUUCGCAAUGCGAAGAUGUGGGAAGCCAGUUCAUCCGCAAGAUAUAAAAAAUAAAAAAAAUUGACAUUUUCACUGCAAGACCCUAAGUAACAGAAAAGCUAAAUAGUAUAAUGAUAAAACAGAUGUUGGAAAGCACUUUCUAUAUUCUUUAGUUCCAAUUCACCUCAAUCUUAAACCAAUAUUUACAUCUCAUAUACAUGCUUUUAUAAUAAGAAUGAAAUAACAACAGCCAAUUCAAGAUACUCUGUCAAGUCUCAAUUCUAGUACGAGACAUAAUUGUCUGGAUAAUAAUUUAUUUCAAAAAAAUAC